AUGGACAACGAUAAAGACCAGGUGAAAAAAAAUGUCAAGGAAGAUAAAAAUAAAAACACCGAAUAUUGUAAUGAGACAGUGAAUGGAAAUUUCUCAAACAUGGAAGUUGAAAAUAAAACUGAUGAUAAUUCAAUUGGAGGAAUUGUCAUUGAUAAUUUAUCAAUGGAUUGCGACAACGCAGUCGAGAAAAAUCUUGAAAAAUGUGAUGAUGACAAUAAUAAGAUUGAUAGUGUGGAUUGUAAAACAGACAAUGAACCUCUAGAGAAAAAAUACAAGCCUGCAAAUGUCAAUGGCUCGUUGGAAAAUCAUGAUAAUAAUGUGCCGAAUGACAAUCCAGUGGAAGAUGUAUUGGAUAAUGCAGGCUCUGGAAAUCCUUCGAGUGAAAAUAAUACAAGGCCCGAGUCUUCAGGUGCUGACAAGAGUUUGCCAAGCUGCAGCCAUGCAAAAAUCCAAAAACCCAAGUCUAAAUUAAAAAAAAGGCAUUACAGAAAAAAUUCUGAUAAUAAUGAUGAUUCUGACAGUAAGUCUGGGAAAAAAGCACGAGAUUCUAACUCUAGUUCACAGGAAUUGGACUCUUCGGUUGAUGAUGAGUCUCAUAAUGUUGUUGAUCCUGAAAACACGAGUAAGAAUUCCAACCAAGAUACCGAAAGGAAUUCUAAUUCUGAUGAUAGUGAUAAAGUUAUAGAUAGUGUAAAAGAAGGUGACUCUGAUGAAUGGUCAACAGCCAGCGAAGAAGAAAUAAGCAUGGAAGUACCGGAAGUAUUGACCAAAGUAAAACCAAAGCCAAAGUGGUUUAUGGUACCAGAGAUGAUAAAUCGUGAGAUUGGUAAUAAUAGGUUCUUUAAUCGAAGGUUCUAUGGUUCUUUGCACACUGUACAGAGGUUGGAACUAAUGCACAAGUUAGACGGACACGAGGGUUGUGUCAACGCAUUAAACUUCAGUGAAGACGGAACUAAGCUGGCUAGUGGCUCAGACGACUUGCAAGUUAUUGUCUGGGACUGGGCGUCCGGAAAGAAACGGGGUGUCUUUGAAACCGGACAUUCAUUGAAUGUCUUUGAAGCUAAAUGGUUACCGAUUGACUAUGAGUCGUACAUUGUAACUUGUGCUCGUGAUGGUCAAGUUAGACUGCUAGAUUUAAAUACAAAUGUACAUAAAAAGCUGGCCAGUCAUCGCGAGGAAGCGAGAAGACUCGCGACUCAUUCUGAUAAUCCUUACAACAUUCUGUCUGUUGGGGACGAUGGAAAAGUACUGUCGAUAGAUAUUCGUGUUGAAAAAUCAACCAGAUUGAUGACAGUCAAGGAAGAUGGCAAUCAUACGAUGCUUUAUACUAUUCAUAUAAAUCCACGUGACAGUCAAUAUUUUUGCGUGGGCGGUCGUUCUCAGAGUGUUAAAAUAUUUGAUCGACGAAGAGUUCAAGAACCUGUUCAAAAAUUAUGUCCGAGAAAUAUGCCUAUAGACGGACAAACAGCAUACGUAACAUCAGCGGUGUAUAAUUACAAUGGAACAGAAAUAGUCACAUCUUACAAUGACGAUGAUAUUUAUCUGUUUGAUACUGUUUCACCAAAUCCAACUCAAGACUAUGCUCAUAAAUACGAGGGUCAUCGUAAUAGCGCAACUGUUAAAAGUGUCAAUUUCUUUGGACCCAAAAGUGAGUUUAUUGUUUCCGGGUCUGACUGCGGAAAUAUUUUCUUCUGGGAUAAAAAUUCUGAAGCUAUCGUUCAGUGGAUGCAGGGAGAUGAUCAAGGAGUGGUUAAUCGCUUGGAACCACAUCCAUUUGUACCAAUGUUAGCGACUAGUGGUCUUGAUAACGAUAUUAAAAUUUGGGCUCCUACCAGUGGAUUUCCACCCGCAAUGAAGGAUUUAGAUGUCUGUGUUAAAACUAAUAUGAAAAGACGGGCAGAUGAUAUCACUCGUGAACCAGAUCCAUUUGACUCACGAAUGCUCGCAGUAUUUCUUCGUCAUAUCAGUAGAUACCGUCGCUUCAGAGUAAGUAGUCGAUUAGGAGGAGUUCAAGGAGCCUCAGCAGCUCGAAGAGCAGCAAAUGAUCGCUCAUACGGGGACAAUUCAGAUUCCUCAAGCGAUUCAAAUAGCAGCAGAAACAGUGAUAGUCAAUCUGAUGAUGAUAUGGAAGGUCAUCAGUGUUCAACUUCAUAA